ACCGGAAUGUGUCAGUGCAGUGCCUGAAAUUGGAGAUUUAAAACCCCAAUUAUUCAUUCACUUGCGUCCAAUGACAUUGUCAUCGUCCUGGACGUGCGCUAAACUACACAAAUCGUCUGAGAUACCAUGAAACACCAGUGAUUACGGAAUGACUGGUGUCUCUGCACCUCCACCGGUGGAUUCUUCUCAAUACGCGUUGUCAGAAACUAACCUAGAAUCAUCACUAGCACCAAGAAAAUCCAUUGGCUCAGCUCAUGCUGCUUAUUUCUGUGUCAAUACCUCAGUGAAUAUAAGUUAUUAUAUAGGACGAUGAGUUUGAUGGUGGGUGCACCAGUGACUAGUGAUGAUGAUCGAAUUGUGGCGUCUGUCACUGACUUUCAUGACUGCUGAUCUUACACUUUUUUUUUAUCCCCUUUGUUGCCAUAAAUGAUGAAUUUGAAGUGUGCCUGGCAUUCCUGAUGAUUCAAUUGAAAUAAACUGAUGAGUUAGUGAUACGUGGCAGGUGGAAGGGAUAUAAGUGCAGAUUAACAAGUGCCAUUGGGGGUUAAUAAAUUCAUCAUCAACUGCUCCAUGAAGCAUUCUGGAGAUACCAACAGCCAAGCACGUCGUCGACGGCGAGUUUUUGCUUGGCUAUCUGCACCCAUUUUCCAAAGCAAUAUUCCAAUGGAGAUGGUUAUCUAGUUGCCCCACCUCAAUCGCCAUAAAGCCCAUCCGCUGAAUUGCCAUAAAAACAAAUAUGAAAAGUCUAUAAAUAACUUUAAAAAUAUAUAUAUCAACGACUGAGUACCAUUUUAUAUUUAAUCUUAAAAUGUUUUUAAUAAAUCCAAAAACUAAUACCACAAAUAUAAUCCCCGCACGCCGAAGGAACAAGCAAAAACGGGUGUAUGAAAAAAAAUUACCCAGUUAAAAGCGGCAAAAAGAGGAAGAAAAAUAAAAAAUCUAAAAUUUGAAAAUAAAUAAUAAGAUGCAAGCCAAAAAGCGUUAUUUGUUGCUAUUCGUGACAUGUGCAUUUCUUGGCUACUGUUACUUCGGUGGUUAUCGUUUAAAAAGUUCAAACUGGACAGAGGAUAAAAAAUUAUAUAUAAAUAAUAUGCCAUCAUAUUUAACGAUAAAUGAAAAUUUUUAUGACAAAGAUAUACGUACCAGUGGUCUUAACACGCUGUUGUAUAAUACAGUGAUAAAUUGUCGUAUGGAUACGUGUUUUGAUUAUACAAAAUGUAAAAAUGGAUUUACAGUGUAUGUUUAUCCAGUUGAGGAUACGAUAAGUCCAAUUUACCAAAAAAUAUUGAAUGUUAUAACAGAAUCACGUUAUUACACAUCGGAUCCAGGGAAAGCAUGUUUAUUUGUAUUGUCCCUGGAUACCCUUGAUCGUGAUCCAUUGUCCAUUGAAUUUGUACGUAAUAUUCCGACAAAAUUGAUGAGAUUGCCAUACUGGAAUGAUGGAAGAAAUCAUUUGAUAUUCAAUCUUUACUCAGGCACUUGGCCAGAUUAUUCAGAGGACUCGUUGGCAUUUAAUAUUGGCUAUGCCAUGUUGGCUAAAGCCAGUAUGUCUACCUCACGUUUGAGACCUGAGUUUGAUGUAUCUGUACCACUUUUCUCAAAACAACAUUUGGAGAGGGGUGGUGAGCCUGGUCAAGCUAGUGAAAAUAAUUUUCCAAGUGCCAAGAAGUAUCUCGCUGCUUUCAAAGGAAAACGAUAUGUUCAUGGUAUUGGAUCGGAAACCAGAAAUGCACUUUAUCACUUGCAUAAUGGGAAGGAUCUGGUUUUUGUUACAACGUGCAGGCAUGGCAAGAGCUGGCGCGAACUGCAGGAUGAACAUUGCCAGCAGGAUAAUCAGGAAUACGAUACGUAUGACUAUGAGGUACUUUUGCUGAAUUCAACGUUUUGCCUGGUACCACGAGGUAGAAGACUUGGUAGCUUCAGAUUUCUUGAGGCACUUAGAGCUGGAUGCAUUCCUGUGAUUCUAAGUAAUGGAUGGGCAUUGCCAUUUCACGAGAGAAUUGACUGGGCUCAGGCUGUUAUUUUCGCGGAUGAGAGGCUGUUGUUACAAAUACCCGAUAUUUUGCGAUCAGUGUCGAAUAGUCAAAUACUCCAAUUGAGACAACAAACUCAAUUUCUAUGGGAGAGAUAUUUUUCGUCCAUUGAGAAAAUCAUCUUUACUGUUUUUGAGAACGUACGAGAGAGAUUGCCAUGGGAGGGCAGCCGUGAAAAAUUAACAUGGAAUACAUAUCCUGGUGCAUUAGCCAUUUUACCACAAUUUGCUGAUAGCCAGCAAGAGUUACCAUUCUCAAAUCAUGAUCCGGGCAAUCAGUUUACGGCCAUUAUCUACUCCCAGCUGGGGUCAACUGCUGUUCUUUAUCGUCUAUUACGAAGCGUCGCGAAGAGUAAAUAUUUAGAUAAGAUAAUUUUAAUGUGGAAUUCUGACAUUCCUGUUCCGAGGAGACCACGUUGGCAGGGAAUAAGAGCAUCGAUCCAUGUCAUUGUUGCUAAUGGCAUCUCUCAGCGGUUCUAUCCACAUCCACAGAUCAAGACUAGUGCUAUAUUAUCACUGGACGAGGAUGCUACGCUGAAUACUGAUGAAAUUGACUUUGCUUUCGUCGUGUGGCAAUCAUUCCCAGAUCGUAUCGUUGGGUAUCCAGCUAGAUCGCAUUAUUGGGAUGAUUCGAAGCGAUCAUGGGGUUAUACAAGCAAAUGGACAAAUGACUACAGCAUAGUCCUGACAGGUGCGGCAUUCUAUCACCGUUACUACAAUACUCUUUAUACUGAGUUACUGAGCUCAACACUUCACAAAACUGUAGAACAAUCUCAGAAUUGUGAAGAUAUACUCAUGAAUUUUUUGGUGAGUCACGUAACACGUAGACCUCCCAUCAAAGUUACCCAACGGAAAUUGUAUAAAGACACAACAGCAGCUGGAAUAAGGUCUUCGUGGAACGAUCCAGACCAUUUUAUUCAACGUCAAACCUGCAUGAACACAUUCGUAGCUGUUUUUGGUUACAUGCCCCUCCUACGUUCAAAUAUGAGACUGGAUCCUGUGCUGUUCAAAGACCCCGUCAGUAACAUGCGUAAAAAAUAUCGACAGAUUGAAUUAGUCAAUAAUUAGAAUGUUUUUCUCCCAUCACGUUUUUACAAACGAUGAAGAUGAAUUUAUUUUUGAUCUAUUUUUUUUUUUACAAAAACUUGUAAAUUUAAUAUGAGUUAGUGGCGCCAUCGAAUCAUUUCGUCUUUUAAGAGAUUUUUUUCUUCGAUUUCUUUUUGGUCGAUUUUUGAUCGUAUAUUUUAUAUGUGUGGAGAGAAGUAAACGAAAAAAAUUACGAAACGGUGAAUUAAUUGUCGUCGUGUUGAAUUCAAUGUACAUAAAUCGUUUCAAAGAUAUUAAUUAAAAAAUUCAUUAUUUAACAGA